AUGCCCUCAGCUGGAACCAUUUGGCAGUUUAGCUCACAUAUUGGUGCAAAGGCAACCCAUCUUAAAGGAGCUACACCAACUAAUAGGAGAGGGUUUGUAGUUGAAGUUAUCAGCAAAAGGCAUUUGGAUAGCACAUAUGAGAGUGAGACCAGUGUACUUGAGAUAGGUGGUAGAGAAAUAGCACGAAGAUCUAGAAUUGGAUCAUGGAAGAAGUAUUUACCUCUAGUUGAGUUUGUAUACAAUAACAACUAUCACUCUAGCAUUAGAAUGGCUCUAUAUGAAGCUCUGUAUGGAGGAAAUGCAGGUCUCCUGUGUGCUAGGAAGAAGUUGGUGAGAGAGCUUUGGCAGAUAGCAGCUAGUAGGCAAAAGAGUUAUGUAGGUCUCCACAAAAAGGAAGUAGUGUUUCAGGUAGAGGACAAGGUGCUUCUCAAGGUAUCUUUAAUAAAUGGUGUUGUCCAGUUUGAAAAGAAGGAUCAACUAGCUCCAAGGAAACUCAAAGCUCAAGAGUUAAUUGAAGUUUCUCUACCAACUCUAUCACUAUCAAAUUCAAGGGAGAAAGAAGCAGCUGAGGAGUCAUUGGAAAGCUCUUUCCAGGCUCUUGAAUUACAAGAAACUAUCUCAAAGAAUGAAGGGGCUAUGGCUAUGGUCGCCAAGUUAUUUGGAAGCAAUUUCACUGACAAGCGGAGACCUAAAACUUCUAGAGUAGGAAUGGCAACAGGACGAAUCGAGGGCAGAGAUUGCUCUCCCCAUCCUCAGCCCAUAGAUAAUCAGGGUCAAAGCAGGAACUUCACCGUCAAGUAA